UCGUCUGCAGAAAAUUCAGAAUUAACUGAAAGGAUAAAAGAAAGAGUGGAAGGAAUGCGAUUCAAAUAUAAGAUGAUUGUAUUGGAUUUAAUUGUAGAUUUUUCUGAGAUUCAACUUUGGAUGCAUAUUAUAAAUGUAGUUUUCCAAUGUCUUGUAAUUAAUACCCCACCAUGAAAAAUACUAAGUGGUUUUCUCUUUUCCUCUUGUGGAUGUUUUUAUUCCAUUUUUAGUGUUCACACUCUCUUCCCUCCUUGUGAAAUGACAGUUCCGAAGUUAGUUUUUCAGUAAUGUAACUAAUAACAAUUCUGGAAGUCCAUUUGGUAUUAUAUUUUUUAUACAACCGUGACAUGACUUAAAGAGCACAUAUUCUAAGUGCAGUUUAUAUUUAUUAUUUGCAUAUAUUCUUUAGGUGUAUUGCAAUAUUUGGAUUCAUUUUUCUGUUAAUGGAUACAUUCGUAAUUCCCUGCAUAACUUUUCUACCAUCAACAAGGGUUGAACCUAGCAAAGGUUUGUGUUGUGUAGUGAUAAACAUCUGUGCUAGUUUAAGGAAUCAAUGAUCAAGAUGUAAUCCCUAAAAUCUUAAGUUGUAUUUGAGUGUAAAUAGUAUCAUAGAAGAAGGAUGAAGUUCAGGGAAGAAAUCUGUCUUUGAGGAUCCAGUAAGGGAUGACCCAGUCAGACUCUGUAUUCUUAUUUACUUUGGUGUAACAGUAUCUGUUUGUGCAUCCGUUACAGGAUAGGAUUGAGACAUCCUGCACCUGAAGUUGAAGAUAAAGAACCUUAACAGGGGUUACGGAGAAGAUAUUUCCAGUAAUGGAUCCUGGGCGCUAUCCUCUUCAGCAAGGAUGGGAUACUAACAGCGCAUUGGAGGGAUACAGUGGAGUUCGGGAGCCAGAGUUCAGGGUCGGUGGGUCAUACGGAGGAAGAAGAUAUCUGGAUGAAGGCUUCUCACGAGAACCUAUAUAUCCAAGAGGGGCUUUUCGUAGGGAGCUGUUAGAGAGAGACUAUCCAUUGGCUCCUCCACCUGUUCUUGGGACCUGGCCUCAGCCAAGGAGGAGGAGUUUAGAAGAUGAGAUUGCCCUCAUAAGAGAAGUGCGCAGGCAUGAAAAGGUUUCAUACCUUGACAAUUUUCGUGACAUCGACAACUAUCGGGAUGUUGAUAAGUAUCAUGAUGUGGACAGUUUCCAUGACAUUGAUAAAUUUCGAGGAGUUGACAACUAUCAUGAUCUUGAUAAUUUCCGAGACUAUGGAUUUGAGAGGGCUGCAAGAUAUGGUGGGCGUGACCGUGAAGCAUUUGAUGCAGAUGAGUAUGAUUAUAGACAUCGCAUGCUACAACCACUUAGAGAGGAGAGUCGUGAAAGAGAAUAUGAAUUCCCCAGACAUGUUGAUUAUGAUUCUGAUCAUGAUAGAGGGAGGAGGGAGAGUAGCUGGCGUAAGAGGGACAGAGAAAGAGAUAGGAAAGCCCCAAGUAGGGACAGGGUCCAAACACCUGAGAAAAAACAGCGUGAUCGUUCUCGAUCAUAUAGCCAUGAUGAUCGUCCAAGAUCACGCUCACCAAGGAGCCGCAGCCAUGCUAGAAGCCACAAGGAGGGGAGUCAAGAGGACACUCGCAAUGAAACAAAAAAUGAAAAGCGGAGGGACCGUGAUGAGAAGCGUCACCAAGAGCGCACACCAGUGGCACCCUCAGCCACACUUGUUGUGAAGGGUUUAUCACAAAAGACUACUGAAGAUGAUCUGUAUAAGGCUCUGGCAGAGUGGGGUCCUCUACGGCACGUUCGUGUCAUAAAGGAGAGGAACUCAGGCAUAUCACGGGGUUUUGCGUUCAUUGAUUUUCCUUCAAUAGAAGCAGCUCGCACCAUGCUAGAAGGGGUUGGAGAUGAUGGCUUGGUUGUUGAUGGCCGUCGCCUUUUCUUCGAGUAUAGCAGCAAGCCAACUGGAGGCUUAGGAGCACCUCAAACAGGGAAUGAAAAUGCAGCAAAAGGGUCGACAACUCAAGGAAGUACCAAAGGUGCUGGUGCUGCAGCUGACUGGAUGUGUACUGUUUGUGGCUGUGUCAACUUUGCUCGCCGCAUGUCAUGUUUUCAGUGCAAUGAAGGACGUACUGAAGAUGCUCCUGCAGCCGAUGUUACUGCUUCUAAUCCAGCACCAAGUGGGAAGAAAGCAUCAGAGUCUGGGCCAACACAUGUAUUAGUUGUUCGUGGACUAGAUGAGAAUGCUAAUGAAGAAAUGUUGCAUUAUGAGUUUUCAAAACAUGCUGCUAUUAAGGACCUUCGUCUUGUUCGUGAUAAGUUUACCCAUGUUUCAAGAGGCUUUGCAUUUGUACACUUUCAUUCGGUGGAAGAUGCAACAAAAGCUUUGGAGGCAACUAAUGGAACAAAUCUAGAAAAGAAUGGCCAAGUCUUAAGAGUUGCUUAUGCAAAGAGUAUUCAUGGUCCAGGUUCCUCAGCAGGUGCUGCUACUUCUCAGGCCAGCAGCCUUGCAGCUGCUGCAAUUGAAGCAGCAACAUUUGCACAACAGUAUGAUGCUGUUGGAUGGGCGCCUAAGGAGUACAACCCUGAUGCCAAACAACAGAAUGGAGGAAAUGGGACUGAAACAAGGGUUGAAGGAAGUUCUGAUGCUGGGAAUUCAGCUCCUGGAUCUUCUGGGGCAGGUGCAGCUCCCCAGUCUGGUUUUGUCUGGGAUGAAGCAUCUGGCUACUAUUAUGAUGCAGCUUCUGGUUUUUAUUAUGAUGGUCAUAGUGGGCUUUAUUAUGAUGGUAAUAAUGGUACCUGGUAUUCCUAUGACCAAGAUACACACCAGUAUAUCCCCUAUGUAGAUCAGAGUGCUGAUGCUAAUAAGCCAAAGGCUGCAGAAGGAGCAACUCGGAAGGCAGUCAUUUCAGCUCCUGCUGCAACCAUUACUGCCAAUAUUGAAGUGCCAGAUAAAAAACCGUCUUUGCCAGAUGCUGUUCAGGCUGCUGCAGCUGCUGCACAGGCUGCAACAAAAAAAGAGAAGGAAAAAUUGAAGGAAAUUAGGUUAGCAUCAAAAGGCAGCAUACUUGCUAGUAAGAAGAAGAUCAGCAAUGUAUUGUCUAUGUGGAAACAACGUAAUCAUGAAGGUCAGGCUGCUCGUAUUGUUCUAGAUGACAGUCCUUCAGCAACAUCAUCUGUUUCUAACGAUGAGAAACAUAAUAAUGGAAAUAUAUCUGGUAAGAGUGUAAGCACUACAAAGUUCAGGGCUGAUGUGGCAAAUGGCAAGGAAAGUCUAAAUCCAGUAUCAACUUCUUCUGGUCUUUCGGGUCUGGGUGUAGGAAAUCCAUUUGGUAGUAGUAAUCUUGCUCAAUCUGAUAGUACUGUAAAGCCAAAGCCUGUGCCUGUUAGUAAUAGUGCUGGAGGAACAAUAAGGGGUGUGAUUAGGGAAUCAGGAAGAGCCGUGAUGAAAGCACCCGACUCAAGCUUUUCAGCAUCUAUUGGUACAGCACUUUCGGGGACUUCACUUGCUGGGCUUACUGGAGUUGCUGAGACAAGUGCAGUUUUAACUCCAUUUAAGACAGAUGCGUCAGCGUUAGGUUCAUAUGGCCCAGCAUCUGGAACAAAGCGCAGAUUUUCAGAAACACCUCAAUCUGGUUAUAGAGACAGAGCAGCUGAAAGACGCAGUCUCUAUGGGUCAUCAGCAGCUACGGACAGUCUAUUAGAUCUCGAGUUUGCAGAAAAAAGUCUGGGAAGCAGAGGAAGAGGUUCUGAUAUGCCAUUUCCACCAGGUGUUGGUGGGAUAAAGUCUAUUGGCAUAGGCUUGCCAGGAGGUGAAACUCAAAGUUAUGAGAUUAUUACUACUGAUAAAGCUAUUGAUGGUAGCAACGUUGGGAAUCGCAUGCUGCGAAACAUGGGCUGGCAAGAAGGCUCGGGACUUGGGAAGGAUGGAACUGGCAUUGUGGAGCCUGUACAAGCACAAGCUACAGAAGAUAGGGCUGGUCUUGGCAGUCAGAUACAACGAAAGGUUGAUCCUCGAUUUGAGACUCAUGCUGGAGACAGUUACAGAGUUGCUAUACAGAAGAAAGCUCUUGCCAGAUUCCAUGAAAUGGAUUAGUUUCAAAUAUUUGAAGGUUUUCCCCUUUUGAGCAUCAGGUUUGUUGCUAUCAUGGAUUGCGUGUAAUUCUGUGGCCAAGUAGAUUUGUCUCUGCAUUAUUGAAGAUAAUUGCACUGGUCUCUUCUAUUGGCCAUUCUGCCAAUAAUUUGUACAAGCUAAAUAGAUGAUAUUUUUAACAUUCAGGUUCUUAUUCAUCAGUUCUUGACUGUUGAUGAUAAAAGCUGAGCAUGGACACUGACAUGUAACUAUGAUUUAUAAAAUCAAGAAUUUAAGAUUCAUUCAAUUCUAA